AUGCCUUCAGAGCAGUCACAAGCAGCAGCAAAGUCGAAGCAUGGCCAUGCGGCGUCGCAGGCGCAGCCAGCGCCUCGCAAGGUCCGUUUCAACGUCGGAUCGCAGUAUCAGGUGCUUGACGUCGUCGGUGAAGGCGCAUAUGGCAUCGUCUGCUCGGCAGUGCACCGACCCAGCGGGCGUAAAGUGGCCAUCAAGAAAAUCGCGCCGUUCGACCACUCGAUGUUCUGUCUUAGGACGCUGAGGGAGCUCAAGUUGCUAAAGUUCUUGAGCGAGGCGGGUGUCAGCGAAAACAUUAUCUCCAUCCUGGACAUCAUCAAGCCACCAUCUAUAGAGCAGUUCAAGGAAGUGUACUUAAUCCAAGAACUGAUGGAGACCGACAUGCACCGCGUCAUCAGGACGCAAGACCUUUCCGACGACCACGCCCAAUACUUCAUCUAUCAGACACUACGUGCGCUCAAGGCAUUGCAUUCCGCCGACGUGAUCCACCGCGACCUGAAGCCGUCCAACCUGCUUCUCAAUGCAAAUUGCGACCUCAAAGUUUGCGACUUUGGGCUCGCGCGCUCAGUCAAGACUGCGGAGCCGUCUGGCACCGAGACUGGCUUCAUGACGGAAUACGUCGCAACACGAUGGUACCGUGCGCCUGAGAUCAUGCUCACGUUCAAGCAGUAUACCAAAGCGAUCGAUAUCUGGUCCGUUGGAUGUAUCCUCGCCGAGAUGCUCUCGGGCAAGCCUCUCUUCCCAGGCCGUGACUACCACCACCAGCUCACGCUCAUCCUCGACGUACUCGGCACGCCGACGCUCGACGAGUUCUAUGCAAUCACAACGAGACGCUCACGCGAUUACAUCCGCGCGCUGCCCUUCCGGAAGCGCAAGCCGUUCGCGCAGCUAUUCCCGAAUGCGAGCCCGCUUGCCGUGGACUUCUUGACGAGGAGUUUGACAUUCGAUCCUAAGAAGCGAAUCACCGUGGAGGAGGCGCUGGCGCAUCCGUACCUCGAGGCAUACCACGACCCAGAAGACGAACCCGUCGCACCUCCACUCGACCCAGAGUUCUUCGAGUUCGAUCUGCACAAAGACGAUAUCAGCCGCGAACAGCUCAAGGAACUGCUCUAUGAGGAAAUCAUGUCCUUCCAUCCGCCGCCCAUGGUGUAG